GCAACAGUAACCUAACGUAACGUCCGUUGAUUUAAAAACCCAACAGGUACUGGACGGUCGUCGACCCGUAGCUACGGUUAACUUAAACAGACGCUCUGUAUCGGAAUAAGAAAUGCUCGUUAUUUGUGGUUAAAAACACAGACACUUGGCUUUAAAAGGAAGUAUUUUUCUUAAGGAAGAUGGAGUUUGAGAUGACGGAGACUGUUCGCUCGACACCGAGUCGCCACGAGAAAAGUUUGGGGCUCCUCACGAUGAAGUUUGUCAGGCUGCUUCAAGAAGCGAAGGAUGGCGUCCUGGAUUUGAAAGUGGCUGCAGACAGCUUGGCAGUGAAACAGAAGAGGAGGAUAUACGACAUUACCAACGUACUGGAAGGAGUUGGGUUGAUUGAGAAGAAAAACAAGAACAUAAUCCAGUGGAGGGGAGAAAACUCAGGCAGCCAAACUCAGGAUGUGCUGGAGAAGCUGACCGUUUUGAAGGCACAAAUCUCUGAGCUGGAGGCCCAAGAGAAAGAGCUGGACCUCCAGAAGGCAUGGCUGGAGAAGAACAUCAAAGAUCUUAACAACGACACCAUCACCAGCACUUAUAAAUUUGUUACGCAUGAAGAUAUCUGCAAUGCCUUCAGUGGAGACACUCUUCUUGCUGUAAUGGCUCCUGCUGGGACUCAGCUGGAGGUACCUCUGCCAGAAACGGGCCAGAGUGGUCAGAAGAAGUACCAGGUGAACCUGCGCAGCAACUCGGCUCCCAUCCAGGUGAUGCUCAUCAACAGGGAUUCAGACUCCACAGUACCUGUGGUCUUCUCUGUGCCGCCCACCGACGACCUCUGUCCAAUGCCAACUCCCCCCAGCACCCCCGCCACCCUGCAGAGGUUUCCCCUCACCACGUCCAGCUUCUCCUCCUCCAACACCACCUCCUCCUACUGCAGCCAGGACUCCCUCUGCUCAGACCACCAGAUGGUGCUGCCCGACCACGAUGAUGCGCUGACGCCGUCCUCCACCCCUCCUGACAUGCAGAUGGAGUGUCACGUUCAGUCAGCAGUGAUGUUGGGACAGCAGCAGAUGGACCUGGACUCAGAGUUUCAGUCCGUUCUGGACGUGAGCAGCCUGCUGAAGCUCAGCGUGACUGGAGACCACAUGAAGGAUGACCGAGAGGGUGCUGUGGACCUUAUUGAUGAGCUAAUGUCCACAGAUGUAAUAGACUACAGCUUUAACCUGGAUGACAACGAGGGAGUGUGUGACCUUUUUGAUGUGCAGAUCCUAAAUUACUGAGGGCUAACUCUGCUGUACUCUUGUACAAUCUCAGGAGGCACUUUUUGCUUUGCUCUAAAGACACCCUAAAGAUGCCUUUCCCUAUUUUUGUUAUAAUUGCACAGCUGAUACUUAAGCAUACCACUGUCGUCUGAAAAAACACAGACUUUUUGCUGUCUGCCAGACAACUUCAGUCUGCUACUGGCCAUCCAACACAAAACCAAGUGCCUGAAAUACUUACCCAUACAGUAUGAACUUAAUGAAGCCACAAUGAAUCAGUAUAUAUCCAAUUGAAUUGUUUCCUAGUUGGAUAUCAUUCAGAGUAAUAGUUGGUGGAAAUAAGCCGGGACAAUCUUCAGCUUUACUGCACUUUAGCGUGUAUGUAUUUUUGUAUUUUUCCACGUCCAGAAAUGUGAAAAUCCUCCAACGUUUUUCUACUUCUUCCUCUUUCUGUUAAUGAAUGGUUCAGAUUGUGAGUGUCCUCUUUCGGUUGGUAUUCACAGUAACAUGUAACUAUUCGGUAUUGGCUUCUUCCUCACAUUUAAUACAGGGUUAAUGAUCUAGUUCAGGGUGUGUAAGAAACUUUACAUGAAAAGCAUAUUUUGUAAAACCUACCGAACUCCAUGGUUAUUUUCGAUAAAAUGGCAUGUUGUAUUUAAUGGGUGAAUCUUUUGGUUACGUUUUGUAACCUUGUUCUCAUGUGAAAAUGCCUGAAAGAUUUAUUUUCUAAAUUAUUGAGACACUGCCAUUUAAGGCCUCUAAAGUUUUCUUUUUUAUAUAUUUUGUAUAAUUAGUUAUCUAUUUAAAUAACUAAUAUUUUUUAUUAUUUAAUGAAAAAAAUACAUUCUUGGUUGUAGUUUGUUGAAAAUGAAGCUGUUCGACUGCCUUAAUUGUGAUAAUAAAUUAAUCAGCCAGAUAUAUGAUCUGAAUUAAAUGUUAAUUGUUGAGAUCUGAAAUAUUUUGUAUAUUUAUAGUUUCCUUUGAUUACAGAGGUCAUGUUUUUGUGACAUAUUGUUUUUUAUUUGCACAUUUAUGACGUUUUUUCAAUAAAGCUCCAUUUAGAAAGUUGCUGACAACUAGUGAUUCGAGUUUGAUUUCAACAUACUCGAUCUUCGUUAUGUAAGACUUGUUCGUCUGGGAGUAUUCAAGGUGUGUUGUAUCCAAAUAGUUCCUUUUUUUGGCUGAGUGAAAUGUUUUGCGCUAACAGAUGGCAAACAUCAGUCCAAUGGUUUCCACAUGAGAGAGCAUGUGUGCCAGAGCCUGACCUGCAGCAUCACUUGAUUUGUACCAGCUGGGAAACGGGAAGGAAAAAAACAUUAAAUGGAUUUUUUUUUCUUUCUAAUCUCAUUUUGGAGAACUUGUGAAAUUCAAAUGGUCAGAAAACACUCUAUGUUGACAUUUUGUCUGACGGGAUAAUGGCAUGACACACCACAGGGGGGAAAAAACCACAGACAUGCAAAGUCAUUAUUUCAAGUGCUGUGUUCAUGUCGGAUUUGCAAUUUCAGACAUUGUUUUAACUUGCUCACAAACAAUAAGCCCUGGACUUUUUAUGCAGCUAUAUAUACCUGUGAGAAAAUGAUGUAAUAUCUGACAUCCUUCAGCUGCUGCUUUAAACAUUUUCUCUUUAAAAGAUAAUCCUGUUUUGUUUUGAACCCUAGUAUAAAUUAAUAAAUGAUCUGUUCGCAUAGGGCAAUAUGUAAAGCGUCUUUGAGUACCGUAAAAAGCGCUAUAUAAAUGUGAUUUAUUAUAUUAUUAUUAAUCCUGACAGAUUACAAGAGCACAUUUUAGAGUUUAGACUACUGGUAAUUACCACUUACUUUGUGUAGCUAAAGAGGUACACAGUGUACUUUUACUGGACGUUAAACAAGUCUAUUACUCAAUGUUUAAAUGUGUGCAUCCCUCCUCCUCUUUGCCUCUUCAAGUCAUCUUGUCUGGUUAAUCAGUCCUAAAGAGAAAGAUCUGUAAUGAAGAAAUAGAGUUUGCAGCUAUCGCGACGGUCGGCCAUUUCCUCGUAAAAAGAAGUUACUGGGAGUUUUUUUUCAGUGCAAGUAUGUGUGCAGUAAAUGUGCCUCAGAUGUUCUGAGGAAGUCAGGAAACUAAUCUGGUUGCCCUGCAUGAAGGGAAGUUAAAUCCUGCUGGACUUAGAUCUGAGACAAGACUCUGCAAGCAGCACCACGAGGGACAUAAAGCUGAUAUGUGGUAACUUUUCAUUUUUAGGAACUACAUGUCAUCUAAGAAGAACAAACCCUUGAUCAGAAAGGACAUAGUUCAACUGGAACAUUAUUACUGUUUCAAAGUCAUACUUAUUCACUUCUAAUCAGUGGAGCAGCCAUGUGCAGUACAUCUGGUUUAUAGGCUGUGGAGAUGGCUAAGAUCAAGUAAAGAAGGAGUGUUUAUUUGAGUUGAUUUACAAUUAAAACAAUCAUGAAUCUAAACAAGUUUCAAAGUUGUUUUUCCAAAGCAGCUGGGUUCCAGUUCAUUCGUUAAGUGUGUGAUGAAGAGUAUCAAGUUCAAGUUUCUUUGUUAACUUUUUGUACUGUGAGCGCAUCUGGAAAAAAC